AUGUGGCUGACGGUGCGGCUGUACCAGCAGGGCGGCCACCGCGUGCCCCAGUUCCACGGAAAGUGGCCCUUCUCCCGGUUCCUGUUUUUCCAGGAGCCGGCCUCCGCCUUCGCCUCCUUCCUCAACGGCCUGGCCAGCCUGGUCAUGCUGCUGCGCUACCGGGCGGCCGUGCCCCCCGCCGCCCCCACCUACCCCACCUGCGUCGCCUUCGCCUGGGUGAGCCCUUUUCCCGUCCCUUUCCUAUUCCCCCAUCCCUUUUCCCGUCCCUUUUUCCCCCUUUUCCUAUUCCCCCCUUUCCUCCUCUCCUCUUUCCUCCUAUUCAAGCAUCCCCCUAUCCCUCCUCCCCCCACAAUUUCCCCACGAACUCUGACCGGUGUCCUGCCUCCCUCCCCUCACCCCUGCCCCUCUCCCGGUGCCGUUUUCCCAGGAAUGCUGACGGUGGCGUGGUGGCUGCGGUGGUGCCUGCGCCAGGGCCGGCGCCUCCCGCACGUGUGGAAAUGCGCGGCCGCGGUGCUGCUGCUGCAGGCGCUGGCGCUGCUCGAGCUCCUCGAUUUCCCUCCCCUGCUCUGGGUGCUGGACGCCCACGCGCUCUGGCACAUCGGGACCAUCCCCCUCAACGUGCUCUUCUACAGGUCAGAAACCCCYUCCUCGGGACCCCCUCCCCGAUUAAAAUAGGGGCGAAGGGCUGUGUGGGUUCUUUAUG